AUGGGACAAAUACCUUCAGCGCCGACUCUGACAGAGGAGAACAUACCCGAUCAAACGGGGAAGGUACGUUAUAGAUUCCGAUGGAUGUACAGCACCUUUCAACGGUACCAUAUUCAAUCUUCUAACUAUGAUUUUGAACCACAGGUCUUCAUCGUAACAGGUUCCACGUCAGGAGUAGGACUUGAACUUGCAAAGAUACUCUAUGGCGCUAACGCAAAAGUCUACGUCGCGGCCCGUGUAACCGAGAAGGCAUACUAUGCCAUGGGAGUUAUGAAAUCCACAUAUCCAGAUUCCAAAGGCGAACUGAUAUAUCUCAAACUCGACCUCAGUGACUUGACGACGAUCAAAGCUUCCGCAGAGGAAUUUUUAAAGAAGGAGAAACGUCUGGACGUUUUAUGGAAUAAUGCGGGUGUGAUGGUUCCACCGCAGGGGAGCACGACGAAACAGGGUUACGAAUUGCAGAUUGGGACGAACAACAUUGCACCGUUUUUAUUCACGAAGUUAUUGACGCCGUUGUUGAUCGAAACUGCGAAAACGGCUGAGAAGGGGAGUGUGAGGGUUGUGUGGGUUAGUUCCAGUGCGGCAGAGAGGUCGAGUCCGCAAGGAGGUGUGGAGAUGGAUAAUCUGAAAUAUGAGAGAGAGGAUAAAAGUGCGUGGCAUAAGUAUGGUGUUAGUAAAGCUGGAAAUAUAUUACAUGCAUCUGAGUAUGCCAAAAGAUUUGGGGGGGAUGGUAUACUGAGUGUGGUAAGUUCAUUACCUUGUGUGCUAAUAGAUGGAUACUGAUUCAAGUUAAUAGAGUUUGGACCCCGGCAAUUUAAUGACGGAUUUAUGGAGACAUAUGCCCUGGUGGCAAAUGUUGGUUGUCAGAAGAAUACUGAAGGAGCCUGUUUUUGGGGCAUAUACUGAGUUAUAUGGCGGGUUAUCACCGGAUAUUACCAUGGAAAACAAUGGUACUUUUGGUAAGUAGAGCUAGAUACGCUAGAACGCAAAUCAAUAUGCUAAUCUUCCUUUAGCCGUACCUUGGGGGAAAAUGCAACGCCCUAGAGCUGAUAUCUCAUUAGCAUGUAAGAGUAUCGAUGAGAGUGGCACUGGCUUGGCGAAACAAUUUUGGGACUGGACUGAGAAAGAAGUGGAAGCUUAUGUAUGA